GGGCGGGGCAAAAAAGGAAUAAAAAUUGAUCAUUCCUUACCCAUCAAAACAAACACUCAUUUUCCUCACUUCACUAGAGAAAUCCCGCCACCGUGUAUCCCUGAUUCCGCUUCCAUGUCCCUGCUUCCCAAAACAGAGAAAAACAACGUCCCCGUCGUCGACAUUGACAGCGACGACGGCGACGACGCCGUCGUUGCGGCGGUUCCCGCUAAAAAUGACGCGUCGUCGCAGAGAACUCCAUCUCCGCAAGUUGAGCUUGCGCAACAAGAAACUCCUGCGUCAAGUUCCGCUUUGUCGGUCUCUGACCGUCAGUCUCGAAGUUUCUGGAAAGCUGGGGAUUAUGUUGUUGGUCCCUCUUCGAAGCCCCCUCCCUUUCAAGGUCACUUGGAACAUGCUCGGGUGCAUCCCAAGUUUCUGCAUUCUAAUGCAACAUCCCAUAAAUGGGCUUUUGGAGCCAUUGCUGAGCUUUUGGAUAAUGCUGUUGACGAGAUUCAAAAUGGUGCAACUUUUGUGAAGGUCGAUAAACUUGAUAUCAAGAAGGAUAAUUCACCAGCAUUAUGUUUCCUAGAUGAUGGUGGUGGAAUGGAUCCUAACUCAAUUCGGAAAUGCAUGAGCUUGGGUUAUUCAUCAAAGAAAUCAAAGACAACAAUUGGACAGUAUGGCAAUGGAUUCAAGACUAGUACCAUGAGACUUGGUGCUGAUGUUAUUGUUUUCAGUCGGGCAAUGCGUUCGAGCCGGGCAACACAAAGUGUGGGUUUACUAUCCUAUACCUUUCUGCGGAAAACUGGGCAAGAUGAUGUUGUUGUUCCAAUGGUAGAUUUUGACAUAUCUGGGAAUUGGGCUGAGCCAAUUAUUUAUAGCUCACAGGAUGAAUGGUCAGCCAACUUGAAAACAAUUCUUGAUUGGUCUCCCUUUACAUCAAAGGAGGAGCUCAUGCUUCAGUUUGAUGAUAUUGGAUCACAUGGUACCAAAGUUGUAAUAUACAAUUUGUGGUUGAACGAUGAAGGGAUAUAUGAAUUGAGUUUUGAUGAUGAUGCUGAGGAUAUUAUGUUGAGAGAUGAGACCAAUCAUGGAGCUGAUAAAAAAUUGACAAAAAAAACUUUGGAACUUCAGUCACAUAUUUCUUACCGCAUUCGUUAUUCUUUACGGGCAUAUGUUUCGAUGUUGUAUCUUAGAAAAUUUUCUAACUUCAAAAUCAUACUAAGGGGGAAACUUGUGGAACAGUUUAACAUUGCAGAUGAGUUAAUACAUUCAAAAGUAAUUCCAUAUAGGCCUCAGCUAGCCAUGGCAUCAAAUGAGGCUAUGGUUGAGACAAAGACAACCAUUGGAUUUAUAAAGGAGGCUGCUUCUAUUAAGGUUUCUGGAUUUAAUGUGUACCACAAGAAUCGCCUAAUCAAGCCCUUUUGGAAAGUAGUUGCAGAUGGUUCAUCAAAAGGGAGUUGUGUUGUAGGAGUUCUUGAAGCCAAUUUUAUAGAACCAGCACAUGACAAGCAGGAUUUUGAGAGAUCAGUUCUGUUCAUUCGGUUGGAAAACAAGCUGAAACAAAUGACAAUGGAUUACUGGAAAGGUUAUUGUCACUUGAUUGGAUAUCAGCCGCUAAAUUUUAGAUCACAAAAUGCAGUAAAAGUAGCCCAAAAAUCAGCUGGACAUUCAACUAAUCCACAAAAUCGGUUGCUUGCUGAUCAACAAGAUACUGUCUUGGUAACUAAGCAUCAAAACGGCCCAAGUUUAAAUCAGCCAAUUGUGGGUCAAGGAUUGACUGGCAUGCAAGGUUUGAGUCAAGAGCAGCUUGGUGCAACUGUAGGAACUCAAGGGUCUGUAUCUGUUGAUAAAAUCUGUGAAGAAAAUAUAAAACUUUUCGAGAGGUGUGAGGAGUACAGGCUAAAGGAGACAGAACUGAAAAAGACGGUUGUGGUCUUGGAGGAGGAAUUGAAAGAAAUCCAGGAGAAAUGUGCCCUUCUUUCUUCACUCUUAGAGACUAAGAGGAAGGAGAAAAGUGUUAAAGAGCGAUAAUUAUGUUAUACAAGCAUAAUGUUAAAGAAAGGCAAGUUCAUUACGUUUUCAUGAUUACCUUUUAUGUAAAAGUCCCUCUAUAGUAUUGUAUACGUACACACCCCUGUUAGAAAACUGGUUGGUUCGGAAGGAAAAGCUGACUGGACUUUGUACAUAUAUUCCAACUGAUUCAACUAUUAGAAGAAACUGUAUCAGUUUAAAGUU